GUUUUCUUCAUUAUAUUUCUAACUCUUCUAGAUACUACCGAUUGAACGAGUGCCGGCAAUGAAGCUAUCAGUCGCCUUCGCCUCUACCCUGCUCGCCUCCGCGUACGCGCACUACUCGUGCACUGUUGACGAGGCCCUCAACAGACUGAUCAACAACAACACUACCGAUAUCAUGGCUGCCCAGUUCCUAAAGUCGCUGGAGACGGGCGCCGCCAAAUGGCAGGUGGACGUGGCUAAGGUGCCUGCCGAGGCGGUUGCUGCGGAUAUCAUCUCUAGGUACAGACUGCUCAGGACGACGCUGCCGUGGUUCCUUGCUUCCCAACUUCCGCCAAUCUAAAUUCCUG